CUGGCUAUGUGGUCCUAACAAACAUUACGUUCAGUCCUGGACAGAUACUGCAACAACCCACAUCACUGGCGUGUAGCUACACAAUUUUCGCUGCGAAGAAGUAAGUGGAUAAAAAAAAACGGAAUAUAACGAUACGAACUACCGAACUAGAAGAAGUUGAGCCGACCGACAUACGAAGGGACGCAAAAGGAAGCGUUUCCCUCUGUGUUGCAAAGCUGUGGCUUGUUGGACAAAGUCUUGUUCUCGACUCUGUGCAUGUUGAAAUCGGAGGAGUGCAUUGGUACGGUGACUCGGUCAGACACCGUCUAGUUUCCAAGCAGAGCGGCCGCAGCGGCAAGGCAAACACCGGAGGCAUGAUUUUGAGAAGGGGCUCCGUUGUUGGCGUUGGAUUUUGCUUACAUGCCUUGUUGUUGUGCUUUUGUGCAAAGGUGGCCGAGGGAACCGGUCAGUUCGAGUUGGAGAUCUUAUCGAUGAACAACCGGAACGGCGAGCUUCUUAGCGGGCUGUGUUGUGACGGCUCGCGGAUCACCGGGGAUCGGAAAUGCAGGAUGGAUGAGUGUGAUACGUAUUUUAAAGUGUGUUUGAAGGAAUACCAGUCGCGGGUUUCGGCUGCGGGACCUUGCAGCUUCGGGUCCGGUUCUACCCCUGUCCUUGGAGGGAAUACAUUUUCUUUGAAGAACUCGGCGAAGAACGAAAGAUCCAAGAUUGUUUUGCAGUUCAGUUUCGCCUGGCCGAGGUCCUACACGUUGAUAGUGGAAGCCUUGGACGCUAACAAUGACACCAGCGGUGGUGAUGGUCAGGUGAUUGAGAAGGCGUCCCACUCUGGGAUGAUCAACCCCAGUCAUCAGUGGCAGAAGCUCAGCCACAACGGUCCUAUUGGUCAGUUUGACUAUCAGAUCCGGGUCAGCUGUGACGAGCACUACUACGGCUUCGGGUGCAACAAGUUCUGCCGACCCCGAGACGAGUUCUUCGGGCACUACACCUGCGACUACAACGGGAACAAGACCUGUCUGGAGGGCUGGUCUGGACUAGAAUGUAACACACCUAUUUGUCGGCAGGGCUGUAGUACAGAACAUGGACACUGCAAAGAGCCAGGUGACUGCAAGUGUCUGUAUGGCUGGCAGGGGCAGUACUGUGACCAGUGUAAUCCUCACCCUGGCUGUGUCCAUGGAACCUGUGUUGAACCAUGGCAGUGUCUAUGCGAUACCAACUGGGGAGGACAUCUCUGUGACAAAGAUCUGAACUUCUGUGGGACCAAACAGCCCUGUCUGAACGGAGGAACCUGCAGCAACACGGGACCUGACAAAUACCAGUGUUCCUGUGUUGAGGGCUACUCUGGAGUCAACUGUGAGAGGGCAGAGCAUGCAUGUCUGUCUGAGCCCUGCUCUAAUGGAGGGAGCUGUGUUGAGACCAGUCUGGGUUAUGAGUGUGUCUGUUCCCCGGGCUGGAGUGGACCCUCCUGUACCAUCAAUGUUGAUGAGUGCUCUCCUAACCCCUGUAACCAUGGGGGGACCUGUCAGGAUCUGGUUCAUGCUUAUAAGUGUCUCUGUCCUCCUCAGUGGACCGGCAAGACCUGCCUCAUCGACGCCAACGAAUGCGACAGCAAGCCCUGUGUCAACGCCAACUCUUGCCGCAACCUGAUUGGUGGAUACUUCUGCGAGUGCGUUCCUGGUUGGACGGGACAGAAAUGUGACAUCAAUAUCAAUGACUGCAAGGACCAAUGCCAGCACGGAGGAACCUGCAGGGACUUGGUGAACGGGUUCCGCUGUGUGUGUCCUACGGGUUACUCUGGAGACCACUGUGAGAGAGAUGUGGAUGAGUGUGCCGGCGCUCCCUGUCUGAACGGCGGGCGAUGCCAAGACCAGGUCAACGGAUUCACCUGCCUCUGUCUGCCAGGAUUCUCGGGACAACUCUGUCAGUUGGACAUAGACUACUGCCUCGACAACCCAUGUCAGAACGGAGCCGCAUGCUACAACCUGGCUACAGGUCACUACUGCGCCUGUUCAGACGACUACGAAGGGAAAAACUGCUCUCACCUCAAAGACCACUGUCACACCAGCACGUGCAAAGUGAUUGACAGCUGCACGGUUGCCGUGGGAUCCAACAGUACCCCUGGAGGGGAGCGGUACAUCUCCUCCAACGUGUGUGGUCCUCACGGACGCUGUCGGAGCCAGGCUGGAGGACAGUUCAGCUGUGACUGUCAGGAGGGCUUCAGAGGCACAUACUGUCACGAGAAUAUUAAUGACUGUGAGAGCAGCCCGUGUGGUAACGGAGGAACCUGUAUAGAUAAAGUCAGUGUGUACCAGUGUAUCUGUGGAGACGGCUGGGAGGGGGAUCACUGCGAGACCAAUAUAGAUGACUGCAGCACUAGUCCAUGCCAUAAUGGAGGAACAUGUCGAGACCUGGUGACUGAUUUCUUCUGUGAGUGUAUGAACGGCUGGAAGGGGAAGACCUGCCACUCCCGUGAGAGCCAGUGUGACGAGGCUACCUGUAACAACGGAGGGACAUGCCAUGAUGAGGGAGACACCUUCCAGUGCAAGUGUUCCCCUGGAUGGGAGGGGGCUACCUGUAAUAUAGCUAAGAAUAGCAGCUGUCUUCCUAACCCCUGUGAGUACGGGGGAACCUGUGUGACCAGUGGGGACUCCUUCACCUGCGUCUGCAAGGAGGGCUGGGAAGGAGAGACCUGUAAACAGAGUGAGUGUACAAUGACAUUUCAGAAUACACUUCUAUCCACAGUCCUGCAUAGGAUGUCUAAAUACAACCGGAGUCACAUCUGAUGUACAGACUGCUGUGUUCACAUCCACUGUUCUCUGUC